UGUUAUAACAAGAUUUAAGCACUCAUCUGAAAUUGACAUGCAUCGUAAUGCCAUUUUCUCCGCUUGAACUACUUAGUGACGAGAACCUUGGACGUUUUUCAAAAGAUGUUGCUAAAGCUAACGAGGAAGUUUUAGAAAACCGAGGAAAACACAAUGGAGAUGAGAAGUCAUCAGUAGAGGUUACACUUACUAAACUUUUAUCUGAAGAUAUUCGGAAUGGCUGUCAAACAACAUUUGAUCACAAUACAAGUGCUCAGUUUGAUGCAGAUAGUCAGAAAAUCAGUUUAAGCCCUGUGGAGAAUAUUGCAAAGUCCAAAAGGGAAGUAUUGCCCGAAAAUUCCUCGAACUCAAAUUGGAGAUCUGUUCCAGACAAAUGGGAAUUAGAAACCAUAUAUAUACCCCAGGAUGAGAUAAAAAUAUCUGAAAAUACUGAGUCCGUUAGUGAUCAACAUUCCUACCAGGAGUAUUCUAAAAUUGAUAUUGAUGAUAAGAAAUCUAUUGAAGAGAAACACGAAUCCAAUGAAAAUUCACUUCAAAGUAAUAUCCCACCUUCGAGUGUAACACCUACAAGUGUGGACAACUUGAAAAAUAUUGCACUGGAUGAAAGUAAUACAAAUGAUACAGCGGCCUAUAUUGAAGUUACAGAAAGUGAAAAAGACGCGUCUAGAGAAAUUCCAGAAACUGAAGUUGUUGUAAAGCCUGUUGCUCGAACUCGGAAACAUAUUCCUAAUGUAAAUCAACAAAAUAUCUGUGAUAUCUCUCUAACUAGUCAACAGGCUGACCAUUCAUUCAUCAAUAUACCAAUCUUAACAUCUAAAGAACAACAAAACCUGCUUCGUAAUAAUAACGAUGGUGAUGAUGAUAAUGGCAAUAAAAAUAUUCCUGAUAUUAUAAUCAAGACAGUGAAUCAAAAUUCAAUGAUGAAACGAUCAAAAAGUUCAUGUUCUCUAUCAAAUCAAAAAGCAUAUAAUAAAAAUGCAAUCAAUAAAUCAUUACAUAAUAAUAAAGGUGAUGAACACACAGUAUUAAGCGCAAAUAUUCUACGUGAUCUUGCCUUUUCUUCAUGGUGUAAUCGACUAACUAAAAGUGCACGUGUUCAACGUUUAUCCAGUCUACGUAAUGAAAUUGAUGAGACAAAAAAAGAGAAAGAGAAAUUAGAAAGAAUGAAAUCCAAUGAAAUCUCUUUUCAAACAUGGAAACAAAAAAAGCGUCAAAUUUUAAUUGAUACAAUAAAAAAACGUAAAGCCGAAGAAUUAGCGCAGAAAAAGAAACUUGAAGAAGAAAGAGAACGUAAAUUGAAUUCACAAAAGGCAUUUGAAGUAUGGAAAGCACGUAAAGAUGAAUUAAUCAUAAAACAACAACGUGAACUUUCAACUAAACGAAAACAAGAGAAGGAAACAAAAGAAACUGAACAAAAUGAAAAACAAUAUUUAUGUCAAAAAGCAUUUGAAGAUUGGAAGUCUAAAAAAGACACUAUUCUACAACAAAGUCUUAAACAUCAACGAAAAUGUCUAACAGAAAAAGAAAGGCAACAAGAAGAAUUGAAUCGUAGAAAAUUGGAACAAGCUGCUGAAGCAUAUUAUCAAUGGGAAUUAAAAAAGGUCGCGUCAUUGGAGAAUCUGGCUAUAAGCAUUGAUCAUUCAAAUAAACCGAAUAAAAGACCAUGGAGACCACCAUCAAAAAUUAUUUCACCAAUAAACUCAUCAUAUCGAAUGUAUUAAAGAAAAAAAAAGAGAAAGUAAGAUUGUUUGACAGUUUAGUUUCUUUUUUUCUU